CGUCUUUGUCCGCCGCCCGUUGUCUGUCGUAGCCGUUCUCGUUGUCGCCGUCGUCGUUUGUCGUUACAUGUGCUGCGUCGUCGUCAUCGUUCACUUAAAGUUUAAACUUAGCUUAGCUUAGCUAAAUGGCUUAACUCGCCAAUAUUUAGUCGCACGCCUAACGUUGACAUUCAUUGUUGUGUUGUGAAACUUAUAGCGCUUACAGCACAAUAACCCAACACGAAGAAAAAGAACAAGAAAUUAAAAAAUGUUGAUUAACUAACCAACGACAAAAACAAAUAUAAAGAUAAAGAUUAAUACGAUAAUCCAACAGAUAACGCUUAAAGAUUUUAUUUUUUGAAAUAAUUUAAAUGAAAAAAAAUAAGACUUUGCAAAAAUGCUUACAAAUCCCACUACACCGAUUGUUAAGUGAUCACCACAAAACUACACAAAAACAACAAUAAAAACCCCAAAGUAUAUAUACAAUAUACAUCUAUAGUUAUAAUCAAUAAAAAAAUACCUAUAACAAAAUUUAAAAAGAAAAAGAUACCAAAAAGAUCAAGCAACCAACGACGCUAAACACAAAAGUAAAUAAGUGUUUGGAAUUCCUGUUUGUUUUUUAUUUUUGACUUAAGUACAAAAAACCGAGAUUUGAAAUACUCCUUAAGUGUCGAGACAGUCUAUCAAUUAUUCUCAUCGCACAUUGUCGAUUAUCAUAGAACAAACAAAAAAAUACAAGAACAACAACAACAUCAACAAUCCCCAGAAAAGAUAAUCAACAAAUAUUAAUUUCGCCGUUAUAGACAUAAACAAAAAACUGAUAAAAGAAAGCAGAAUAACUCAUCCCCUUAUCUCUCUCUCUCUCUUCGGAUUGGUGUAAAAAGUGAUACAACAGAAAAAGAAUAAGCAAUAGAGAAACUAUUGCAAUAAGUUCCCACAACAACAAUCAACUACCACCAACACAACCACACACAAACUCACGAUGGCCUUAGUUAUGAAAUACAUAAACAUCAUGCACAGAUACAUGGACUCACAUGGCGAUCCAAGAACGAAGGAUUGGCCAAUGAUGUCAUCACCAUUUCCCACAUUAGCUGUAUGUCUCACAUAUGUCUACCUAGUCAAGGUGCUAGGACCACGAUGGAUGGAAAAUCGCAAACCAUUCCGUUUACAAAACACAUUAAUUUUUUACAAUGCUGCACAAGUGAUAUUUAGUGCGUGGAUAUUUUAUGAGAUUGGUAUUUCCGGUUGGCUGACAGGACACUAUAGCUUCCGAUGUCAGCCGGUUGAGUAUAGUAAUAACCCUAGAGUGAUAAGGAUGGUCCACGCUUGUUGGUGGUAUUAUUUUUCAAAAUUCACAGAGUUCAUGGAUACGAUAUUCUUCGUUUUGCGCAAAAAACAAAGUCAAAUCACCACGCUGCAUGUAAUUCACCACGGAUGUAUGCCAAUGUCUGUGUGGUUUGGUGUUAAAUUUACUCCAGGUGGCCAUAGUACCUUCUUUGGUUUGCUCAAUACCUUUGUGCAUAUUGUCAUGUACACAUACUACAUGUUCUCUGCCAUGGGUCCACAAUACCAGAAAUAUUUGUGGUGGAAAAAGUAUCUCACCACCUUCCAAAUGGUUCAAUUCAUUUUGAUAAUGGUGCAUGCUUUCCAGCUGUUGUUCAUCGAUUGCAAUUAUCCCAAAGCCUUUGUGUGGUGGAUUGGCAUGCAUGCCGUUAUGUUCUUCUUCUUGUUUAAUGAAUUCUACAAACAGGCCUACAAGGGUCGCAAAUCGCAAUACAAGAACUUAUUAAUGUUCUUCUUGCAGCGUGCCGAAAAACAUGGCAUAGAGGAAACAGUACUGGCUAAUGGUCAUGCCAAUGGCGAUUGCCAUCAGCAGGAGGUAUCAAAGAAACUAUUGAACGGCCAUGCCAAUGGCAAAAUCAAUGGCCUGACAAACGGCAGUCUGGCAAAUGGCAGUGCGAAGACCUCGAAUGGUUACAGCAGCAGUGGGUUGAAGAACGGAGCCGCCGUGCUGGCCAACGGCCACUCAACAACGGAGUUGACGCAGCGAAAGGUGAAAUAAUACAAGACCAAAAAUGGCAAACGCAAAAUGCUACGAAGGAAGUUGGACAUUUAAUUGUGAGAUAGAAAUACAAAAUGCGCGGAGAGCGCACGUGAGGAAAUCAAUUGGAACUUAAUUGCAAUAAUUCUAAUACUAAACACACAAACAACAAGAACAAAAACCGAUAAACUAUUGUUUUGUAGCCUAGAUAUCGGGAGGAACCAGUUUGGGGGAGCAACCUCUUGGGCGCCAUAGGUCAUACGUGCGUGUAUGCCCUAGUCAUUGUCCAAGACGUCUAAACCUGAGUCCCCCCAAACGCGAUCUCCUCCUUUAGCUGAAUAGUAAACCAAGUUGUAUUGAGAUAAACAAAAACAAAAAGAAAAACAAAAACAAAGCGUAAAAGCGAAAACAAAAAAUAUUUCUAUACAAUUUACAAACAUUUUGUGAUGUAUUUUUCUUUUUAUAAAUAAUAUUUUUUGUGUAAAUUUUCCAAAUAGUUCCGUAAUAUUUAACAAACAUCUACACACAAACACACACCUACAAAAGGGGAAACAAGCUAAAAAGAAACCAGAGAAAUUAAGAACAUGGAUAUUUAACUAUUCCUUGGUUACGGUUAAUUGCUCUACUCUGAUUUUCAUUUUCUACUUUGGUCUUAAGUUCAACUUUUUAUACAAUGUUAUACCAUAUACAAAAGAAAACAUCCAUACCGUGUACUAUGUUUAACCCAUUUUGUUACAACAUUUCGUUCGAUCGUUCAUUCAAAAGCAAAAGAGACACAAAACAAAAACCGAGACCCACACAAAUCUUUAUAAAAAUUUUGUAGCUUUUUAAAAAGUAAAACAAAACAAAAAAAAAAACAAAUAUUCGCUUUAGUUGUACAAAACAAAAUCGAAGUUGAAGAGAAGCAGAAGUGAGUUUAUAUAGUUUAAAGUAUAAAUUAAAUUAAAUUAAAAAAAAAAAAAAAACAAAAAACAAACAAAUGUAUAAACUAUUUAAAAUACAAAAUAAAGAAAAAUACAUAAUAUUUAAAGUAAUAAUAAUAAUAUAAAUAAACUAUAUUUAAAACAGAAAACCAUUAAAUUAAUUGUGAGGUUAUGUUAUUAUGUAGGAAAUAAAUAAAGAAAAAAUAUUUUUUUUAAAAUAAUUUUGUAUAAAUCAACUAUGUUAUGUUUAACAAUUAAAUCGAGUCAUGCUUAAGCAAAAAUAAAAUAAAAAAACUGAAAACAUACAAAAAACUUAAUUUGAACAUUUGUACUUUUGAAGCUAAAUCAAACUUCUCAUAGUGGCAGCCGCACUAAAGGGUAAGGUCAUAAUUGACCAUAGAACUCUUGAAACAAAAGAAUUUGCGGCAUGUCAGGGAAAAAAAGAAGUACAAGGCUUAAGAGUCGGCUCUCCCUCUUUUGGAUACUAAAAACAAAAAUGAAAAAUACAUUGUAAAAUUUAUUUUUAAAAGUAAAUGGAAACGAAAAUUUCAAAAUAAAUCAAAUACAAAACAAAAUUACCAUUGCUUUAUUUAUUUAUUUAUUUAAGACAAACAAUUAGAUAACCACAAUAAAGAAAUUGAAUUAUUCCCCCAUGUAGCAGCAAUAAGAGUGGUAAUGCACAUUUGCCCAUGAACACUCCCUUAAGGAACUGGGGCACAAUUCUCACAUAUCUCUAAGUGCUGUCCGAUUCAAAUUUUAAGCUCAAUGGUAAGGGGCCUGCUUUUUAUAGCCGAGUCCAAACGGCAGUGCGACACCCUAUUUGGGAAGAAGUUUUAACAUGGCAUUGUAUCUCACAGAUGUCGCCAGUAUCAAGAUUUUCUCUGAUGUUCUCGCCAGGAUUCGAACCCAGACCUUCAGCGUCUUAAGCGAACAUGUUACCGCUGCGGUAUGGUGGCCUGGCAAAUUUAUUUAGAUCAAUUAAUCUAACGUUCCGGGCUUAUAAUAUCCACUUUUUUGUAGGAUCGCUGUGAAAUUUUAUACCAAUUUUUAUUCACAAAAAUCUUUACGGAUAAUCAAGGAAAAACUCAGUGAACAACUGGAAAAUGGAUUUUUAUUAAAAAUGAUCAAGAUAAUAGGGCUACGUGUCCAUUUCACAUCGACACUAUUAAGUGUAAUUUUUUUUCAAGUAACCAACACGCAGGGGAUGUUCCCUAUAUAUGCAGUGCAGUUAAGGGUUGGAGGGGGGAAAGAGGGCGUAGUGUUUAUUGAUAUUCGACUUUAAUUUCUGAACGUCAAUGUCGGUGGGAAAGACAUUAGCCUGAAGUCGAUCCCACAUACGAAUGGUUCGGGCGAAAAAUUAAUUCUCUCUGUAAUGCAAAGUUCGAUCGACUGGCCCAUCAAUUUCAAACGGGUUUUAGCUCCUGGCAAGUCUUGUAUUCCUGGAACACACACCAUGGAAAUAACGAUAGAGCAAUACAACGCUACCCACAUUCCAACGAUGUUCAAGAGAAGCAAUAGAGUUGGAUACCCUACUGUCCCCAAUCAACACGGAGAGCGACUCCGGAGAGUGAUAAGCAUGAUUCAAAUCGGUUCAUAAUCUGGUAUAGCUCUCAUAUAAACCAAUCUUGGAUCUUGACUUCUUGAGCCAAUAGAGCGCGCAAUUCUCAUCCGAUUAGGCUGAACUUUUGCAUUAGGUGUUUUGUUAUGACGAUCAAUAGUUUGAUACAGCUCCCAUAUAAACCGAUUUCCCGAUUUUGCUGCUUGAGCCCCUACAAGGCGCAAUUCUUAUCCGAAUGAACUGAAAUAUUACACAAUGACUUCUACAAUGUUCAGCAUUCAUUUAUAGUCCGAAUCGGCCUAUAUCAUGAUAUAGCUCCAAUAGCAUAACAGUUCUUAUUCAAUAUUUUUUGUUUGCCUAAAAAAAGAGAUACCGCGUAUAGAACUCGACAAAUGCUAUCCAUGGUGGAGGGUAUAUAAGAUUCGGCCCGGCCGAAUUUAGCACGCUCUUACUUAUUCUACAUCAUAUGUCUUUGAUAUCAAACCAACGGACAUAUUUAUGCACUACACCACCACUGUGGUACAGGGUAUUAUAGAUUUGUGCAUUUGUUUGCAACGCUAAGAAGAAGAAGAGCUAGACCCAUCGAUAAGUAUACGGAUCGGCUUAGACCGUCCGUCCGUCUGUCUAUGUAUUCUUGUAAUCAACGUACAGGUCGCAUUUGUUGUCCGAUUUUCGCAAAAUUUUGCAUAAGUCUCUUUUUUGAUCCAUGGACGAACGCUAUUAAUUUUUGAAAAAAUCGGUCCAGAUUUAGAUAUAGCUCCCAUAUAUAACUUUCAUCCGAGAUGCCCUUUUAAAACUGUAAAAACCACAAUUUUGGUCCGGUUUUUACAAAAUUUGGCUCAGAGUGCUUUUUUGACGUCCCAACAUGUGUGCAAAAUUUCAUUGAGAUCGGUCUAGAUUUAGAUAUAGCUCCCAUGUAUAUCUUUCAUCCGAUAUGCCCUUUUAAAGCUGUAGGAGCCACAAUUGUGUUCCGAUCUUUUUUUUCCAUGAUAUAUUUCAUGUGGCGUCUUAAUACGUGUGCAAAAUUUCAUCUAAAUCGGUUCAGAUUUAGAUAUAACUCUCAUAUAUAACUUUCAUUCGAUUUAACCUAUUAAGGCUAUAGAAGGCACAAUUUUGGUCCGAUCAAAUUAUCAAAUUUGGUACGAAAUGCUUUUUUGGGCGUCCUGGUAUGUGUGCAAAAUUUCAUGAGAAUCGGAUCAGAUUUAUACAUAGCUUCCAUAUGUAUCUUUAAUCCGAUAUGGUAUUUUUUGGCUGCAGAAGGCACAAUUUUGACCUUCUACAGCCAUAAAAGACAAUAUUAUGGCUGUAGAAACCACAAUUUUGGUCCGAUCUUUACCAUAUUUGGCACGAAGUGCUUUUUAGACGUCCUGGUAUGUGUGCAAAAUUUCAUCAGAAUCGGAUCAGAUUUAUAUAUAGAGCUUCCAUAUAUAUCUUCCAUCCGAUAUUCCCUUUUAAAGCUGUAGUAGCCGCAAUUUUGGUCCCAUCCUUACAAAAUUUUGCAGAUGUUUUAUUUGACGACAAAAAAUAUCAUCAACAUCGAAUCAGAUUUAGAUAAAACUCGCAUAUAUAUAUUUUAUGCGUUUCGACUUUUAAGGCUGUAGAAGCCACAACUUUGGUACAAUUGUAAGUAAAUCGUAGAAGGUUCUAUUCGAUAUUGCAAAAGGUAUGCAAAAUUAAAGUCUGACUAAAUUUGGAUAUAAGUGAUAUAUAUAUAAAAAGUAUUACAUAGACUCGGUGGUGUAGGGUAUUAUAUAGUCGGCUCCGCCCGACUUUUGGCCUUCCUUACUACUUAUCUUUAAUUGGCUGUGACUCAAUAUUUGUUCCACUAGCCGAAUGUAGAAUAGCGUUCUAAGCGCAUCGAUCUUCUGCACUCAAUCCAAAAUCUCUGACACCAAGUUUCGAGGUGUCUCCCAUAACUUGAUCUUUCCAUCGGGCUUUUGGUCUUCCCGGUUUGCGUGUACCACAGUGUUUGCCUUCAAAAACUUCUUUGCUGGAGCUUCUUCAUCCAUUCGGACAACAUGACCUAGCCAACGCAGCCGUUGUAUUUUGAUGCGUGUAACUAUGCUAUCGUCGUCAUACAGCUCAUACGGCUCGUGGUUCAUACGUCGCCUAUAUUCUCCACUAACGCAAACUGGUCCAUAUAUUUUACGAAGAAUCUUUCUCUCAAAUACUUCAAGCACUGCCUCUGCUGCUUUCACAAGUACCCAUGCUUCAGAACCAUAUAACAGACACUGAUGUCUUGUAUAGUGUAAUCUUCGUCUGUCGAGAGGUGGCUGCUUACUGCUUACUUAGUCCAAAGUAGCAUCUGUUUGCCAGUAUUAUUCUUCGCUUAAUCUCAAAACUGGUGUCAUUCGUUUCGGUUACGGCGGUGCCGAGGUAGAUAAAGUUACUGACUGUCUCAAAGUUGUGGUUCCCAACUUUCUCCAUUUUCUUUAUCUGCUCGGGUGGUGAAUGAAUAAUAGAGGUAAGCACGGUUAAUAGGGGAGCAUUAUUGAAGCAUGGAUAAUAGAGGUAAACCACGGUUAAUAGUGGUCCAAAACCAAAAGCACAGCAUGACGGUUAACAGGAGUAAAAGGUUAAUAUAGGCCCAGAUAAUCGAGAUUUAAAUCAGUGUAUUGAAUGUUCUGCUAAUACUUAUAUUGUUAAGAAGUGUGCAAUACAAUACAAAACUGUGAACUACAACAACACAUUUGCGUGUGGGCAACCCAACUUCAGUAGAGGUGCAAUCCGUAAUCAACACAUUCUGAAGACCUUGAAUACCAGGCCUUUUUCUUUCAUAAAUAUAUCUUUAUUCGCUCAAAAUGCGUAAUCGUGCUUUUAGUAUACUUUUCCUUAGGUAAGGGUACUUUUAGUACCCUUUUCUUUGCCCUUAGUAUACUUUUCUUUAGGUAAGGGUACCUUUAGUACCCUUUUCCUUGGGUUAGGUUAGAACAUUUUUUUUUUUGAAAUCAAAUACCGAUUGUACUUUAAACAAAUUUAUAAAAUGCAUGUGCAAAUUCAAAAACUACAUAAAAUAAAAUAAUUUUUUUUAAAAUAAAAUAAUAAUCUAGCGAAGUAUGACUCCCAAAACAUAAUAAAAUAGAAUAUUACUAUACUUACCUUUCAAUGCUAUUGUAAUGAUAUGUGUCAUAAUAAGUAAAAGGAGUGUAUAAAGUAAAACAAUACCAAAACUGAGCGUUAAGGAAAUUGAAAAUAGUUUUUUUCAAAACCAAUCAAAAAAAAUAAAUAAAUUUAAAAAAUUGAAGUAUUGUA